GAGGGGUCCCCGCGGGAAGGGGCCGGGGGGAGCUCAGGGGCAGGGAAGCGGCACCGUGGGCUCCUUUGGGAGGGGCUGGGAGCAGUGCGGGCACUGACCGCCGGUCCGGGGGCCGCAGGAUCCCCGUGCAGGGCACGGAGGGGUGGGGAAGGGCCGGGAGGGUUGUGCCCUCUCCAGGGGCACUCUGGGGGCACUGGCUGCUCAGGGCACCAGGAACACUCUGAGGAGUGAGGCAGGGAGCGGGGGCAGCAGGGUGGGCGGCAGUGGUGGUCAGUGGGGUGGUAGAGGCAGGGGGCAGUAGAAACACAAUAGACAGCACGGCUGUGGCUGCUUAUCCUUCCGUCCGGCAGUGAGGAAGCAGAGAUCCCGGCUCCAGCCCAGGAAGCCAGCAGGGAAGUUCGCACAGCCUCCAGUGGGCUUCGUGUUGUGGCCCCCAGACCCAGCAGGCUGCAGAGACCAUCGGAGGCUCUCUGAUCUCCUGGGGAAGCCGAGGCAGCGGGCAGUGUCUGCACAAGCCACCUCUGCCAUCACCAGGGCAGGCAGCAGCCAUGGAUGAGGUGACGGAGCUGGAGCUGGGGGGUAACUCCCUCCUGAAGGCCGUGUGGCUCGGCCGGCUGCGGCUGACCCGACUGCUGCUGGAAGGGGGCGCGUACAUCAACGAGAGCAACGACAAGGGCGAGACGGCGCUGAUGGUGGCCUGCAUCACCACGCACGUGGACCAGCAGAGCAUCCACAAGGCCAAGAUGGUGAAGUACCUGCUGGACAACAGAGCCGACCCCAACAUCCAGGACAAGUCCGGCAAAACCGCGCUCAUGCACGCCUGCAUCCGCGGGGCGGGGGGCGAGGUGGUGUCCCUGCUGCUGGACAGCGGGGCUGACCCCAGCCUGGAGGACCACUCCGGAGCCUCGGCGCUGGUCCACGCCAUCAACGCCGAGGACAAGGCAGUGCUGCAGCGCCUCCUGAAUGCCUGCAGGGCCAAGGGGAAGGAGGUGAUCAUCAUCACCAUGGACACAUCAGCCUCCGGCACCAAGACCGCCAAGCAGUACCUGAACGUUGCCCCUGCGCUGGAGUUCAAGGAGAGGGCUCCCCCGGAGGAGGGCACAGCCCCCUCCAGUGCUCACCCCAAAACUCCCACCUCAGCACCUUCUCCCGCCGAGAAGGAGAGCAGCGUUGUCACCGCACACCCUUCACACAGCGGGGACACCGAGCCGCCCUCCCCGGGCCAGAGGGCUGGCACUGCCCGGAGAGCCCAGCUGCCCCGGCUGAAGCGGCUGCGCUCAGAGCCCUGGGGUCUGGUGGCACCCUCGGUGCUGGCGGCCUCGAGUCACCGCGACGACACGCGGGUGUGCGCUGACAGUGAGGUUAUCACGGGCAUCGGCGAGCUCUCGCUCUCCAAAAAGCCCUCCCUGACCCGCAGCAGCAGCAGCAGCAAGGGAAGGGACCCCUCUCUCUUCCCCCCAGUGGAUGAGCAGGCGCCGGGGCCACUGCCAUGGAAAGCCACGCACGAGAAGAGCCCGGGCACCCACCCGUGCCUGUCCCGGAGCGUCACGGUCCCGGAGGAGCCGGAGAGCGCCAGCUCGGGCGCAGGGAUGGACGCUCCGCACUGGUGGAGGCCAGGAACCGAGCACAGCGGAGACUCCCAGGCCACCGAGGCGGGCAAGGGGCCCGCAGAGAGGAGGAAGCUGAGCGGGUCCCACCUGGCCCUGCUGGAUGGUUGCUGUGGCUCUCCCUCGGGCAGCGCCAGCACCUCGCCCAGCACCGCCCGGCGCCGGCCCCCCGGCUUGCUGGAGAGGCGAGGAUCCGGGACUCUGCUGCUGGACCACAUCUCCCACACCAGGCCGGGGUACCUGCCCCCCUUGAAUGUGAACCCCAACCCCCCGAUUCCCGACAUCGGCUCCAGCAAAGCCCCCUCCCCGCUGGCUGCCGGGCUGAAGCCGCUGGUGCCCCUCACGCCCAGCUCGCCCAGGCGGGGCGAUCUGAGAGCCCACAGGAAGCUCCUCCGCAGGCAUUCCAUGCAGGCAGAGCAGAUGCGGCACCUCUCCGACUUUGAGGAGGUCGUGGCGCAGUAGCCGUGCCACCACUUGUUCACAGGGAGGUGGCCAAAGCCGCGCUGUCCCUGCAGGAACGGGACGGACCCCGCACAGAGCUCGGGGGACACGCUGGUGGUCGGGGGUCUCGGCCCUGAGCCCAGGGGUUGAAUCGGGAGCGGGCUGAUUGGGAGAUCGAUCCCCCACCGUCCUCGAUCGCCCAGCUCCGUGCCAAGGAUCCCACCCGCAGUUCAUUUAUUCCUCACUAGUCCGCUUUUCUUACAUCCUGUUCGUUCUCUCACCGAAUCCCCUCCCGAAGCCCCCGGUGGUGACCUCUGGGGCCGAGGCGUUCCUGAGGAGCCUUCCAGCGGGGGAAGGGGCUCGGUGCUGCGGGGGCUGAGGAGCGGGGACCCCCGUCCAGGCACGGAGCGUGUCGGUGCUCCGGGAGAGGGAGACAAUCCUCCACCUCCGAGAGCGCCGAGCGCUCCCGAGCUCCGGCGGCGCAGCCAGCCCGGCACCGCUGCAGCCUGGCGGGCUUGUCUCGUCUCUGAAGCGUCUGAACUUCGGGGGGUUCAUUCCCCACCUCGCCGAGGAGCUCUGGAUUCAGGAAACGCUGAGCAGGGCGGUCCCAGCCUGCUCUGCCCGCGGCGGGGAACCCGGGAUGCCAAAAGGCACCGAGGGUGACCCGGGCUGACCCCGAAAAGUCGCAGCCGAGACCCCGCUGUGCUCCUACUCCGGACAAGGAGCCCCCAGCCCCCAGAUUCCAUCACUCGGUGAAUGCGAUUAUUUGCGCGCAGGGGUGCAGGGCAGGUGUCGGGGUGACGCCGCGGCCCUGCGGAGACUCUGGCGCUAGUUUGGCACUGCAUUAAUAAAGCGCUCAGCUUUGGACCCAGGCUGAUCUCGCUGGACCCGACACCAGCCCGGCCUGGGGGUCCCCGGGAGCGCCGAGGGGAUCCCCG